CCACUCCUCUGACUCAUACAGUCACACACAGAGGCAGGUGUGUGUGUACGACCAGCAGCGCUCAUACCUCAGCAGCAGGUCGGACAAAUUCUGCAGCAUUUGGAUCCAUUUUUAUUUUUCAUACAUUUUUAUACAUAAACACCGCCAUUAUGUUGUGGACGGCGAGUCAAGUCUUAAGGAAAUUCUCCACUUCGUCCAAUUAUUACCAGAAUAAGCUGAAACUAGCUAUAAUUGGCCAGAGCGUGUUUGGCCAGGAGGUGUACAGCAACCUGAGGAAGCAGGGUCACAAGGUGGUUGGUGUGUUCACAGUCCCCGACAAGGAUGGCAAGGCCGACCCCCUGGCGGUGGCAGCGGAGAAGGAUGGGACGCCGGUGUUCAAGUUCCCAAGGUGGCGGGUCAAGGGGAAGCCCAUCCCGGAGGUGGUGGACGCCUACAAGGCAGUGGGUGCUGAGCUCAACGUCAUGCCCUUCUGCUCACAGUUCAUUCCAAUGAACAUCAUCGACAACCCCAAGCAUGGCUCCAUCAUCUACCACCCCUCCAUUCUGCCCCUGCACAGAGGAGCCUCCGCCAUUAACUGGACCCUGAUCCACGGUGAUAAAAAAGCUGGAUUCACAGUGUUCUGGGCUGAUGAUGGACUGGACACCGGCCCAAUCCUGCUGCAGAGGGAGUGUGCUGUGGAGCCCAACGACACUGUGGACACACUCUACAACCGCUUCCUCUACCCAGAGGGCAUAAAGGCUAUGGUGGAGUCGGUGCAGCUCAUUGCUGAUGGAAAGGCCCCUCGAAUUCCCCAGACAGAGGAAGGAGCGAGCUAUGAAGGCAUUCAGAAGAAGUCCAACGCUAAGGUCAACCUGGCCCAGCCAGCUGAGGCCAUCCACAACUGGAUCCGCGGGCAUGACAAAGUCCCUGGUGCCUGGACUGUCAUUGAUAGUCAGUCUGUCACCCUGUAUGGCUCGUCCAUGUUGGGAGAGUCUGUACCGGCCGGUCAGCCUCUGGAGAUAGAGGGGGCAUCCCAGCCCUGUGUGGUCACCAAAAAUGGGCUUGUGCUGUAUGGAACCGACGGGAAAGCUCUCCUGGUGAAGAACCUGCAAUUUGAAGACGGGAAGAUGAUCCCUGCUUCUAAAUACUUCUCCUCUGGGGAAAGCUCCAGUGUGGAGCUGACUGAUGAUGAAAAGAAGAUGGCAGAAGAGAUCAGGAACAUCUGGCAGGGCAUCCUCAGCAACAUCCCAGCCAUUGAGGACUCCACAGACUUCUUCAAGUCUGGAGCCGCCUCCAUGGAUGUGGUCAGGCUGGUGGAGGAGGUGAAGCAGAAGUGCGUGGGCGUCCAGCUGCAGAAUGAAGACGUGUACAUGGCUACCACCUUCAAGGACUUCAUCCAGAUGUUUGUUCGCAAGUUGAGAGGAGAGGACCAGGAGGAGGAGCUGGUCAUCGACUAUGCAACCAAAGACGUGAACAACAUGACAGUAAAAAUGCCACACCAGUGUUUCAUCAAUGGCAAGUUUGAGGAUGCAGAAAACGGCAAGACCUACGGUACCAUCAACCCUACUGAUGGAUCAGUGAUCUGUAAAGUGUCCUAUGCCUCAGUGGGGGAUGUAGACCUGGCAGUAGCAGCUGCCAAAGAAGCUUAUGAUAAUGGACCCUGGGGCAGGAUGAACCCUAGAGACAGAGGAAGCCUGCUUUACAGGCUUGCAGACCUGAUGGAGGAACACCAGGAGGAGCUGGCCACUAUCGAGUCCAUCGACUCAGGAGCUGUGUACACUCUGGCCCUCAAGACACACGUAGGCAUGUCCAUCCAGACCUUCCGGUACUUUGCUGGCUGGUGUGACAAAAUCCAGGGCAAGACAAUCCCCAUCAACCAAGCCAGGCCUAAUCGCAACCUGACCUUCACAAAGAGAGAACCUCUAGGUGUGUGUGCCAUCAUCAUCCCAUGGAACUAUCCUCUCAUGAUGCUGGCAUGGAAGAGUGCUGCCUGCCUCGCAGCUGGGAACACACUUGUUCUUAAACCAGCACAGGUCACUCCGCUGACAGCACUGAAGUUUGCAGAGCUGUCAGUGAAAGCUGGCAUUCCAAAAGGAGUCAUCAACAUUUUGCCAGGAUCAGGUGGCAUGGUAGGACAGCGUUUGUCCGAGCACCCAGACAUCCGCAAGUUGGGCUUCACUGGCUCCACACCUAUUGGCAAACAGAUCAUGAAGAGCUGUGCACUCAGUAACCUGAAGAAGGUUUCUCUGGAGCUGGGAGGGAAGUCGCCUCUCAUCAUCUUCAAUGACUGUGACAUGGACAAGGCUGUUCGCAUGGGCAUGAGCUCUGUGUAUUUCAACAAAGGUGAGAACUGCAUUGCUGCUGGACGUUUGUUUGUGGAGGAGUCCAUUCAUGAUGAGUACAUUAGCCGAGUGGUGGAAGAGCUCAAGAAAAUGAAGAUUGGAGACCCACUGGAUCGCUCCACAGACCAUGGUCCACAGAAUCACAAAGCCCACCUGGACAAGCUGCUAGAGUACUGUGAGGUCGGACUUAAGGAGGGAGCUACACUGGUGUACGGAGGCAAACAGGUGGACAGGCCAGGUUUCUUCAUGGAGCCCACUGUGUUCACUAAUGUGGAGGACCACAUGUUUAUUGCCAAAGAGGAGUCCUUCGGCCCAGUCAUGGUGGUGUCCAAAUUCAAAGAUGGUGAUGUGGAAGGCGUGCUUCAGAGAGCCAACAACACAGAGUAUGGCUUGGCAUCUGGCGUGUUCACCCGUGACAUCAACAAGGCCAUGUAUGUAAGCGAGCGGCUGGAGGCUGGAACAGUAUUCAUCAACACCUAUAACAAGACUGACGUGGCUUCACCUUUCGGAGGCUUCAAACAGUCUGGCUUCGGAAAAGACCUCGGUGAGGAUGCUCUCAUGGAAUACCUCAAGACCAAAGCAGUGACUGUGGAGUACUGAAGCACAGACUCUCCUAAUGAACUCUGAUCUACAUCUAAAUAGGAAGGGACUCAUCUGUCUGCUUCAGUCAGACAUCAUGCUUCAUUCAGCAUUGCUUCUGAACAGUGUGUGUGAGUGUGAUUGUGUGUCAGGAUGUAUGAAUGAGAGGAGAGCCACAGUUUGGACAACCUGCCUAUCUUUUCUUGGCUCUCUGCGUAAAAAUUCACAUCAUGGACAAGGGACACAUGUGGUUUAUACCCAUCUGUAUUUGUACACAUAAAACCCUCAGUUGGAUGCCUGAUGGGAGCUGAAGUGGCUCUUACUCUUUUAAUGGUUUCAGUUCCAUAAAAGUGUUUUAUGUUAAAACACCAAUUUAAACCUGAAAUCUGUUUUCCAAUCAUUAUCAAUAAUGUAAAUCAGUUCUGUUAAAAAAAAAAUCUUUCUCAUUUGUCAUUCACUUAUAAUGCUGCCCUCACCAUUCCUUGAAUAUCUCUGUUUACUCAGCUUUUGGGCUGUUUUGUGCCGUCCCAGAAAAUAGACAAAGUUCUUAGUUUAUGGAUUAAUCAUGUAUAUGAAUGUGAAUGUUGAAGCUUGUGUUAAGAUGCCUGUAGGUUGAGUUUUAGAGUAGCCAGAGCCUGCCUGAUCACACUAAACUGGAGAGUUCAUCGGGUUAGCAAAUAAAAUAUAAGUCAGUAGUGAAGCCAUUAGUCAGAAUUGGUCAUUGACAUGAUGGGAAAACAGGAUUUGGGUCAAAGAGACAGUUUAAGUUUUUUUUUUUUUUUAAACUUUCAGUCACACCUUUUCAUGAGCAGAUCAUUGUGUAAUGCAGUCAAAAGCUUGGGGUAACGCCAGUAAGUUGACCUUGAGGUAAAGAGUAUGGUCAGAAGUGUGCACCUACACCUGUAACCGCACCCUGCAGUGAUGUCACAGCGUACUGACACACCCUGGAGUGCACUUCUACAUAACUGCAGCAAGGGGAGAAGUCAAACAACUGGAGGUCGGCAAGAUUAAAAGGGGGUUACAGUCUAAUAUUAAUUUGUUAGACUAAGGUCAAGAAUUAACUUUUAUAUUCACAUAAAAACAAACUGGUAGCAGUCAAAGAAGAAAUUGUUGAAACCUUUUUAUUCUUAUUGACUGAUUAAAGUCUUAAUGAUGAGGACUUACUUCACAACAGCCAAAUGCAAGCAGGUAAAGAACCAUACUUUGGUUUCCUACUUAUGUGGAUUUUACUUUUCUCUUUGGACAUUAUACUUAUCAUCAUUCAGAGACUUAAAAACUUGGUUACCACAGGUAAUCUAUUACUGUUAACAUCUAAUCACUCUUAUCUUUUACAACCCCUAUUCCAAAAAAGUUGUGACUCUGUAAAAUGUAAAUGGAAACACAUUGCAGUGACUUGCAAAUCCUUUUUAAUCUAUAUUCAGUUGAGUACAGUACAAAGACACAAUAUGUAAUGUUCAAACCGAUUAACUUUUUUGUUUUUCGUAAAUAAACACACAUUUUGAAUUUGAUGCCUGCAGCAUGUUCCAAAAAAGUUGGGACAGGAACAUGUUUACCAGUGUGUGACACCCUACAGAUAGGAAGUGGACAGUAAUUCUUGAAGUUUUGAAAAUUAAAUUCUUUCCCACUCUUGCUUUACCUGUAGAAUGUUCUAAACUGAAGGUUUUUGAUCAUUUAGCAACUUCCCCAGUCUUUUGUUGCCCCUGUCCUAACUUCUAUGGAACAUGUCGCAGGCGUAAAAUUUAGAAUAAAUGUAUGUAUUACAAAAAACAAUAACAUUUAUCAGUUUGGACAUCAAAUAUCUUGUGUUUGGAUUGUAUUCAAUUGAAUACAGGUCAGAAAGGAUUUGCAAAUCACAGAUUCUGUUUUAUUUGUUUUACACAGUGUCCCAACUUUUUAGAAUGGGGGUUGUACUUACUAUCAUUUUUAUUGGCACACAGCAGUGAAUUCCCAUAUUUGAGCUUCAGCUGCUUCAUAGCAUCACAUUCACAAGCUAUGUCCCGAGGAAAUUGUGGAAACAGUCAUGCCAGUUUUGUUUUUUCUCACAUUGCAGUGGUUGUUUGACCGAUAGCUCUCAAAUCUCAGAUGUCGGAGCAUCUUUCUGUCCUGCAAGAAAGAGUUUCCAAAGCAGCUGCUGAUUGCAGCUUAGCAUUAGCAUUGUGACAGAGACAAAAAAAAGCAAAAGAAAUAGUGAAUUGUGAUGGAUUUACUGUCGUGGUCAUGUUUUAAAUUCUGUUUGACAGGUACACCUUUAUUUCUAUUCAAAACUUUGGGUUAGAAUUUAAGGUUUCUGAUCAGUAUGUAAUUGUCACUACUUCAAGCUAUGAUGAGCCAUUUUUUUUCUUUGUCCCUCACACAUGCUUCAGUUCUUUGUAUCAUGUCCUUGCAGCUGUCUGUUCCCACAUAUUUUAAGACAUUCACUCUCUUCCUUUUGCUUAAUUUGACUUUUUUGUAAAUAUUUUUUAGCAAUAGAGGGUAAAGGACUAUUUGAUAUAUUUUUGUCAGACAGAGGAAGACUGUAUGUUUUAACACUAUUAUAUUCAUUAAAGACACACCAGCUAGAUGUUUUAUGCAUCACUAAUGUGAAGAAGUUGUUAAAUUAGUUUUCUAUCUGUCCCACAAUAUCAGUAAAGGCAGCAAGGGCUAAGAUGCAAGUGUUGUUAUUCUCACCCUUUGUGAAAAAGGUGAGAGUUGUCCCGUCAUAUAAUGGUAAAUAAACUUUGAUUUGA